AUGGUAUCGCUGAAGGAGCUCGUCAUGGCGGAACUCAGCCCAUGGCGCAUGAAAGACGUCACCACCAUUCCGAUCAAUGGGCGAACGAUCUCCAAGAACCGAAGGGGAGGCAAGAGCGCACUCCGGUUGACUCGCUUGCGGUAUGAGAUUCUGCACAAUUUCCACAUGAAAGCACACGACCAGAUCACGGCGCGCUGGUUUUCGGUGUUGGUUGUUGGCGUCGUCGAGCCCGUGAAGCCCGAGCCCUUUUCGGGGGACUCGUUUCCCUCGGCGUGUCGCGUGGUCGAGCCUGUGGCGCUGCCUCACGGCGGCAGCAGGGGCCUUCAAUCGGAUGAGUCCACACCGCGCUACGUGACCUUCCCCGAUCUGGGGCCGGCGCUGCGCGAAGGAAAGAUCGAGACGUUGCUGAUCUCUGAAGAGCUGCUUGACAAGUGGCUCGUGGUUCGCUCUUCACAAGAAGGGAGCACUGCUGAGGCUGAAAGAUGGGAAGAUUGGCACCUGCUAGACGUGGUGCCCCGGCAGGACGAAGCUCGUGUCAACCACGCAGAGGCGCUUGACUGGUAA